AUGUCAAUGGAAAGCAAUAAUACCCCUGUGGAUCCACGAGUUCAGGUUGAACUGGAAAAACUCAAUACAGCAACAGACAAUAUUAACAAAUAUGAAGUGGAACUGGAUGAAGCCAAAUGUGAGUUUAAACGAAUAUUGGCCGAAAGUGUGGUUCGGAUAAAACAGUCGGCCCACAAGUUGGGUAAUUCCAUAGAAGCGGCUAAACCCUAUUAUGAAUCUCGCAUUUAUGCUGCUCAGCUUGCCAAGGAAACUCAGGUGGCAGCAGCAAAUUAUGAAAAGGCCAAAUCUAUACAUGCCGCAGCCAAAGAGAUGGUCUAUUUGGCCGAACAGGGUUUGGGUGAGAAAUCCACACUGGAUACAGCCUGCCAGGAGAUGUUAAGUCAUGCCGCCAGCAAAGUCAAUCAAUCACAACUGGAGGUUACCGAUGCUCGCAACUCAUUGAAAAUGUGUCAAUUGAAACUGGAAGUAGCCAAUAAUCGUGUGGGUAAAUUACAGGGACAAUUACGACAGGCCAUCAAGGCAUCAAGUUUCAAUAUUCGACGCAAUUUACUUUUAAUUAAUUUAUUGGCUUAUCAACAUGAUUUGAGUAAUUUGCCCUACUAUGAGACCCGAGCCAACUACAAUGGCAUCCUAAAAGCACAAAAAGAGAAAAUCAAUAGCCUGGAAAAUAAAGUGUCCGAAGCCAAGAUGACCUAUAAUGAGGCUUUGAAAAAUCUCGAACAAAUAUCCGAAGAAAUUCAUCGUCAGAGGCAACAGCAGCAGCAGCAACAACAGAAUCUAAUAAACUACGAGACCAUGCUGAAUCAAGCCUCGGAAGAUACAACGUCCAAUUAUACAUCGUCCUCUGGUGAAAUGACCACAACAUUUCAACAAUUCUCCUGUGAUAUCGAUACCAGUGAUGAGUAUCUCGAAAUGCCCGAUAAGUUGAGCACAAAUUCCAGCCCCAUACGGCAGCGGCAUAUGGAUGAACACGAAUGUCCCCAUUUGUUGAGAGAUUUCGAAUCGGUGUUGACAUUUCCGCAGAAAAUUGCCGGUGGAAUGCAUAAAUCGGCCAGCACCAGCAAUACCAGUGAUAAUCUGUUUGCCCAGGCCCAGCUGCACGGUCCAUAUGAAGUGAAAUGUUCCUCGAUUGGUAGUGGGCAAAAUCUCAAUACAGAUAAUAGUUCGGGAAGUACGGGAAAGGGUGGUGGGGGCGGUGGCGGCAUCGGCGAUACAGAUGAUAAUGACAUUGAACAAUGGACUGAGAUACGUUUAUCGCAUUCGGAAAGUACCAGCUCUAGUUAUUCAAAUCAAAGUCUAUUGCAUGAUCAUGCCGAUGGUGUGGCCGAAGAUGCCCAAUCUCAUCAUUCAUCGUCUUCCUCAUCGGAUGAGCCGAAGCGUAAAGUUACCUGCACUACGAUAUUUCAGGAAGACGAACAAAUCAAUCGCAAACAAUCGCUCAGUCAAUGGUUGUCACGUUCGAAUAGUCUUAAAGUGGGCGGCCGAAGGCAAUCGCUCGAUCUCCUAAUUGAUGCCAGUGACAAAGUGAAAGAUGUCUUUUCGUUUGGUUUUCAAAAGGUCGGACGCACCCUGGAGCGACGUAACAGCGAAUCGGAAAUGAAUAAUGAAUGUGGCGCUAAUGGUUCGCCAAAUGUGGGCAGUGGUGGUAUGUCGGGGGCCAAUAACACUUCCACAUCAUCGUCGACUACAUCGGCUGGUGAUUUCUUUCUAUUUGCCAGAUCUGAACCCAAAGAAUUGUUGUCCGACGAACAAGUCGAGAAUCUCUUACUUAGCCAUUCAGUGGAUGAAAAUGGAACGAUAAUUGUGGAAGAGCUUAAAUCACCAUUACAACAGCCAGCCGGCAAUAAAUAUGGUGGCGGCUUGCCCUCGCUUUUAGUUUAAAUUCU